CACGCUCUUUGAUGGAAUGCACUUUAAGUGUUCUUAUUGACAUUUGUUUGUGUGUAAUGCAGAGUACUUUUAUGAUUCACUAAUUGGAUUAAAACAAUGGGAGCGUAUGGCAUUACGUAGCAGAAUUUGAGCGUACGAUUGUCUUGUUUUUGGUGUACGUACAUAGUCGAUCUGAGCAAAUACAAAAGAUUGUCGAAGGACUAAAGUGUGAGGAGCCCUUUGUCAUUUCUAACUGUUUCUUCUUGCGCCAAACAAGAGCUCAACCCUUUAACAUACGUUCGUUCAGUGGUCAGUCAAUUUCAAGAGGACCCCAAGUCACUCGACCCCCUAUUGAUCGGCCCUCCAAGCAGGCGCGUCCAUGGCCGGGGCAACACAGGUAGCAGACAACGUCCGAAACCCGAUGGGUCAGCUCCUCAUCAGUGUCCAUUUCGAAUAACAUCAUCCCCAGUCAUAGUCAGGGGUCAGACUUGCUCAGAGCAGUUUGCCAAUCUCUCCGUUCAAUGUGAAAAAUAUGACUCUUCAAUCAUGGCGUUACCUCAAGACCUAUUGGAAGUCCAUGGCCACGGUGGCCAUCCCGGUGAUCUUAUCCGCUAUCCCAAUCUCGUCAGGAGGCUCCGAGGAAUCUCGUUGUGGCUUUGUGAUCUUAGUCAUGUCUCUCUUCUGGAUGCUGGAUCUUCUUCCAUUAGCCAUCACAGCUCUCAUCCCUGUGGCCGCAUUUCCCCUCUUGGGGAUCAUGUCCACAUCGGAUGUGUGUAUGAACUACGUGACUAAUACGAGUAUGCUCUUUCUAGGAGGUCUUAUUUUUGCUCAAGCCAUUGAGGAAAGCAACUUGCACCGUCGAAUUGCUCUUAAUGCCAUGUCUCUGAUGGGCACUUCUCCUCGGUACCUGAUGAUUGGUUUCAUGAUCCCAACCUCUUUGAUCUCUAUGUGGAUUUCCAAUGUAGCGACAACGGCCAUGAUGUUACCCACUUUAGAGGCUGUCUUGGAGGUGUUGGAAGAAAACACGGAGGCUGACAUUGAGUAUGGUGAUAUAAUUGAGCCUGAAGGUGUUGAAUCCACCACCGACCUCACCAUCCAGCAGCGGAAGAAAUCCAAUAUCAGAAAGUUGAGGGCCCUUUUCGCGCUCUCUGUGUGCUAUGCAGCCAAUGUGGGUGGAACAGGGACCCUCAUUGGAACCUCGCCCAACUUGGUGUUCAUGGAGUUCAUUCAAGAUUUCCCCGGUCAGCCCGUCAACUUUGGAACAUGGAUGGCCUUCUCUCUACCUCAAGUGAUUCUGAGCCUGAUUCUGAUCUGGUUGUGGCUACAAGUACGCUAUUUGGGAUUCCCCAAUGUCUUUCAGCGAAAACGAGGCCACAAGCGAGGCUCAUUGGGGACCGACCAGGACAACAAGGACCUGCUGGCUAUUCGCAACUUGAUUCGACAGAAGUGUAACGAACUAGGUCCGAUCACCUACCAUGAGGGCUCAGUCAUGUGUUUGUUUGUGGUGCUGCUUCUACUGUGGUUCUUCCGCGAUCCGGGUUUCAUGCCAGGUUGGGGCGAGCUCUUUAAGACCUCGAACCAAGUGGGAGAUGCCAUAUCUGUAAGUGAUGCCACUCCAACCAUGUUAGUGGUGGUACUUCUUUUCAUCUUGCCGUCGAAACCCAACUUUAUUCGUGCAUUGAGCUCUCGAGGGAACCGGCUUCCUCGAAUCGAAGCACAACUCAAAGACGACAAGUCUCGAGGCAACGACGAAAGCGACAACAGUGUCGUCGAAAACGGCCCCGAGGAUAAGGAUGAAAGGGAAACCUCGUAUUUCCAACCUUCCCUAGGCCUCGUCACAUGGAGAACUGUCCAUGAAAAGAUGCCUUGGAAUGUGCUACUUCUCUUGGGCGGUGGGUUUGCCAUGGCUACCGCCAGUGAGAGAUCAUGCCUCUCGCCAUGGAUUGGCCAGAAAUUGACAGCGUUGCAGGGUCUCCCAGAUUGGGCCAUUUGCGUUGUGGUGACGCUCUUGAUGUCUGUGAUCACUCAAAUCGCCUCCAAUGUGGCUGCCACCACGAUGCUCUUGCCCGUGUUAAGGAAUCUGUCUCUGAUCCUGGAGAUUAACCCCAUUUACUUGAUGCUCCCACCCACUCUAACAGCCUCGUAUGCUUUUAUGCUACCAGUCUCCACCGGUCCCAAUGCCAUUGCGUUUAUUCCAUCCCGAAUCACUACAUUUGAAAUGGUCAAAGUCGGUUUUGUCAUGAAUGUGUUGUGCUUGAUCGUGAUCCAUGUGUGCAUUAACACCUAUGGCACAAUCCUUUUCGAUUUGGAUGAGUUUCCGGAUUGGGCUCUAUCCGGUUCUAUGUACAACACUACCAAUAUGUGUGCCAGUCAGUUGUGACCCCUUUUGCAGGCUAUGGCCUAUAGUACAGUAUAGUGCAUUGUAUAUAGUAUUUAGUUAUUUUAGCAAUGAAGUAGAUGUAGUUCAGUGCGUCCAAAGUACUCGCUCUAAAUAAACUCACGUUUUUUCAUCCUGCUUA